UCCAAAUGUCACUCAGUGCUAAUGGCCCCAAGUUGUCAGGAUUGUUGUUGCAUUGAAUUAUGGUUUAACAAUGUCCUGUAGUGAAUUAUGUGCAAUAGAAAGUGACGAUGAGUGUAUUUGGUGAUUUUCAGCAAGUGUGGCUGCAGCGGUUCCCGGACAGCCCCCUGCCAGGGGCCUGGGAGGAGGACGUGCGCGCAAACCUAUCAAAACACAAGCAAAAGGUGGCUCUACUGAAGGAGGAACUGGAAAAGGAGCAGUUCUAUGUGGAGUACUUGGAGCGGCUGUUGUGCGAUGUGGAACAGCACAAGAAAAAAUUGGCCAAAGAAAGGGCUGUGAGCGAGGAAAGCCAGUUGGAAAUCUUGGGUGUUGACUCGGGAAUAGGUGGGGAUGAUGCCCUAUCAAAGGAUUCCGCCGAUGUAUCAAUUCUAUCACAGGACGGGCACACCAACAAUGAGUCCUUCUCAGCUCACAUGUGCAUUAAUGAAAUAUCCAGACAGUUGAGAAAAUCCUCCUCGGACUGUUCCUUGGAUAAUGAGACCAAACAGUCCGAUCAGGAGGCCUCCUUUGUGACCGUCAUCGAAGUGAACGGCCUCAAUAAAAAAGAGAAUGAGUCGCCCCCAGUGGUAGUGAAAAGACCCCCCAAAGUGCCAGCCAGGCCAGAGUCGCUGAAGAACCCGAGCUUUGACACCCAGCGCAGCAACAGCGGCUCGGUGUCGUCCAGCUCAGAGAUUCUGAACAACAUCGAUGAGCCCUACUAUGACAUUGUGGCCGCUGAGGAAGAGUUUUUGCCAAAAAGUGAUCACUCCAGUACGGAGAACGUGUUUGGGUCCUCUAGUACCCUGCCCUUGGAGUUAAAAACCCAACAUUCCAUCGAACCGCAAAGCCCUGGCACUUCCAACUAUGUGAACAUUGAAUAUUUUAUACAAUCGAAGAAGCUUGGCAAUGAGCACAGCAGUAGUGAGGACGAGCAUGAAGAACUACCAGACCUCAACAGGCAGCAGAACGACAACAGUUCAUAUGCCAGUUCCAGCUCCUUGGAGUCCACCACGCCCAGCACAAAGAGGAAGUUUAGCAACGAAGGAAAAAUUGGGCCAGAGCGGAUGUACCGGUCGAUUAUCUGCAACAUCAUCGAUAGCGAAACCAAUUACGUGGAAUGGCUCAAUGUCCUCAUUCAGUACAUGAAGGCGAUCCAAGCGACCAUCGGCACCUCGCAACCCAUAGUGAGCGAAGUGGAAUUCAACACAAUCUUCCAUCUAAUUCCGGAACUGCAUCGCCUACACACCGAGUUCUUGGAUCAGCUCAAAAAACACUCGCAAAAGUGGGACAACAAGAUCGGCGACAGUUUCAAAAUUAUGGCGGCCAAUCUGCCGCUCUACGGCGCCUUUCUGGGCAACUACGGCAGAGCGCUGGACACAGUGCGGCUCUGCAGCGCCAACAACUUCCAGUUUGCCCACAUAACCAAGAGCAUAACAUGCAAGAACUUGUCCGAUCAGGCCAUCAGCCUGGAAGACUUGCUGCACAAGCCGGUUGCCAGGGUGCAGAAGCACGCGCUGGUGUUGCACGAUUUGGUGCGCUACGCCAAUCCGAACAACGCCGACUAUCACAGCAUAUCUGAGGCGCUUACAGUCACCCAGAAUUUUCUGGAUGAGUUCAAUAUCAUCCAGACUAAGUCUAUGUUUCCGGAUAGGGACAGGGCGCAACGUCGACUAGUCAAGAACUCGUUUAUCGUCGAGUAUGUGGAUGGACAUCGCAAGCUGCGCCACUUGUUCCUCUUUAACGAUGUCAUCGCCUGUGCCAAAUACAAAUCUUCAGGCCGAAAUGAGAAGUACACGUUCGAGCUGAAGUGGUUUAUUCCAGUGGAAGAUGUGGUGAUUUUGCGUGAAACCACCGCCAACCUGCACGAAACGUCGCAGUCGAACAUUGUUUCCCUCAAGUCGCAAGCGAGCAACAUCAGGGACCAAUUGCGGCAGGAGGAGAAGUUGAAUGAGGAAAAGCAUCUGAAGUCCAGUCGAGGGUCGGAGAAGUUCCGUAAAAGACUGAUCGAGCUGGAAAGUCAGCUAGUGCUGGCUUCGCCCAACUUGGUGUAUCGCAUCAAGCACAAAGGCUCCGGCCGAACCUACAUAUUCUUCCUGUCCAGCGAUUUCGAGCGGACGCAGUGGAUUGAGGCCAUUCAAACCUUGCAGAAGACUGAGCGCACUGGUAAGCAGCCGAACAACGCCACUAACUUCAGCAUGUUCGAGCUGCAAACCUGGAUAACCGCCUGCCGACAGUUCCUCAAAACCAACAUGGGAUCCUACCUGCUGAGAAGCGGCAAAGACGAAAGCCUGCUGGUGGGCGACUUGCAUUUGCACAUCUACGACAUGACUGGCCUUACCUCUCCCUGUGAUCUAUACGUCUGCAUCGAGGUGGAUUUCUACGGGCACUUUUUCCAAAAAGUCAAAACCAAGCCGGCCAAGCACACGCAAACCCCGCUCUGGAACGAGAGCUACGUGAUCGAUCUGGAAGGCUGCGAGAAUUUGCGGAUUCUGGUCUACCGGGAGGGACAGCCAGAGGACACACUGUUUGGCAAGCACACUAUGAAGCUGAGUAGGAACCUAAUGAGUGAGCGGCAAGUGGUGGACAGCCAAUUCAAAAUCAAUGGCUGUACGCUGCGGAUGGGAAUGCGCUAUUUCCCCUGCGAGGUCAGUCUGAGGCGAGUACCAGCGGGCAAAGUUGGCUCGUUGUUUGGAGAGAAAAUCCAAGUUGUUUGCAAAAGACAAAAACGAAACAUUCCAUUCAUCAUAACGGCGUGUGUAUGGGAGGUGGAGCGUCGGGGCAUGUCCGAAGUGGGAGUUUAUCGAGUGUCCGGCUCGCAGAGCGACAUCGCCAAGCUGAAAAAAUCAUUUGAAACUAACUCCUACGAAGCGGAGCAGCUGCUAAAGGACGUGGACAUUCACUCAGUUACGGGGAUAUUGCGGCUGUACUUGCGCGAGCUGCCCGAAGCUCUUUUCACCGACCAGCUCUAUCCGCAACUGCUGGAGGCCUUCAACCGCACCCCCAACAACCUGAUCAAGCGCACCGAGCUGCUGAAGGAGUGUUUCGAGAAGCUGCCGACCCCCAACAAGGAGAGCAUCAAGUACAUUCUCGACCAUCUGAUGAGAGUGCAUGCUUACGAGGACGACAAUAAAAUGUCGCUUCACAACUUAGCCACGGUUUUCGGACCGACGCUUUUACGUCCGGCGGCCACUAAGCCGGACAAUGCCAAAAAGGACAGUCAAAAGCAUGGGGAAAGUUUGGCUACCGGAACAGUGGACGUGAUGGCUCAGGCGGGCAUUUUAUACUGCUACUUGCAGGACUUGAAUGGUUCUCAGAAAAACAUUCGCAGGUAGUUGGGUCAUUGCACUCUGAUGUCCCAAGGGGCUCGUUAGGUUUCGAACUCAUUCCGCUUCGGCUCCCAGCCAAUGUCUCAUCCAGGCUUCCUUUAAUGUCGUCAAUUCUCCCAUCUAGUAGUAGUUAGUAGCAAAUUGGCAUUGUUUCUAGUCGACCACAACUUUAAAUUAUAUCCAACAUUAUGGUUUAGUUAAUACAUACAUAUAAAUAUAUACAUAAGUAGCGUUAAA